AUGGUGAAGGUGCAGGGUAUAGGAGAUGCAGUAGAGAUUGAAGAGGAUGAAGUCGAUGUCGUCGCUGGUGAAGGCUUGGCCAGAGGCAGAAGAUGGUCUCAUCAGAGAAAGAAAAAAAUGAGGGGGAAUAUGCGACUUAGAGGAGACAUAGGUCAAGAGAGGAGGUCGGACUUGGAAGCCAAGGCCAAGGAAGGGGAGACCGUCGUGCCUGGAGGCACAGGUGGCAAAAGCCUGGAAGCACAAGAGCAUCUUGCUGAAGGAAGGAGCAAGGGAGGGCAGACUCGGAAGGAGCAGUUAGGGCCAGAAGGCUACAAGGAGAUGGGCACCAAGGGCGGUGAGGCUCGGAAGGAGCAGCUGGGGACCGAAGGGUACAAGGAGAUGGGCAGCAAGGGAGGUGAGGCUCGGAAGGAGCAACUGGGCACCGAAGGGUACAAGGAGAUGGGAAGUAAGGGUGGGGAGACUCGUAAGGAGCAACUGGGGUCCGAAGGGUACCAUGAAAUGGGACGUAAAGGUGGUCUGAGUACUAAAGACAAGUCUAGUCAAGAGCGUGUUGAGGAAGAAGGUAUCGAGAUCGAUGAAUCCAAAUAUCGAACCAAGACCUGA